CCCAAGAUUGUUUUAGAAAAAACAAAAUUCCAUUUCUCUCCCAUAUCUCCGCCUUCGGCAGAAACCUCUGCAACUCUAAUUCUAGGGUUUUCUGUAAAGAUUUUAACUUCAAACAAAAAGGAAUGGCCUCGCCUCUCUCUAUCAGACCGAACGUGCUCGUUCUAUCUCCUUUCGUCAACCGAACCGGGCCACCCAAUCCUCUAUUUAAGCGAGCUCAAUUUUCCAAUCACCGACCAUUUCUUCGCGGUUCACUAUCCGUGGCCAAGUUCGGGUUCAAACCGGGGUUCUUGCCCGACCCGGAUGCUUCCGAGGGUGCCAUCAGAGAGCUGUUUACUAGAGCAGAAAGCUUUCUCUAUACGAUUGCUGACGCCGCCGUUUCGUCUUCAGACACGAUUACUACCACCACGGCGACUACUGCUAAACAAAACAAUGAUUGGCUUUCGGGAAUAGCCGACUCCAUGGAAACUGUUUUGAAGGUUUUGAAGGAUGGAUUAUCGGGUUUGCAUGUGCCGUACGCUUAUGGUUUUGCUAUUAUACUUCUGACUGUUCUGGUUAAGGCUGCUACGUUUCCCUUGACUAGGAAGCAGGUAGAAUCUACAAUGGCCAUGCGUUCCUUACAACCUCAAAUAAAGGCUAUUCAGCAGAAGUAUGCUGGAGAUCAGGAGAGAAUUCAACUGGAAACUGCUAGAUUAUAUAAACUAGCUGGGAUAAAUCCAUUAGCAGGAUGCCUUCCUACUCUUGCCACAAUCCCAGUGUGGAUUGGGCUUUAUCGAGCACUGUCAAAUGUUGCAAAUGAGGGACUCCUCACGGAAGGCUUCUUUUGGAUACCCUCUCUAGCUGGUCCAACUACAGUCGCUGCUCGACAGAAUGGCAGCGGUAUAUCUUGGCUUUUCCCAUUUGUAGAUGGACACCCACCCCUUGGAUGGUCAGAUACAUUUGCAUAUCUUGUGUUGCCUGUUUUGCUGGUUGUCUCGCAGUAUGUCUCUGUCCAAAUCAUGCAAUCAGCUCAGAGCAAUGAUCCCGACAUGAAGAGUUCUCAAGCCUUGACGAAGUUCCUCCCUCUAAUGAUUGGCUAUUUUGCUCUUUCAGUUCCUUCUGGUCUAAGUCUAUAUUGGUUAACAAAUAACGUAUUAAGUACGGCCCAACAAGUAUGGCUUCAAAAGCUAGGAGGUGCAAAGAAUCCAGCAAAGCAACUUAAUGAUGAUACAAUCAAGGAAGAGCAAAUCCAGCUUGAGAAGUCUCUCUCCGAAUUGAAUGCCACUAGAAAGGAGGCCAAACAAGAAGUAAAAUUGAUGCCAGAUGGGCUGCGUCCUGGUGAUAGAUUUAAGCAGCUAAAGGAGCAAGAGGCAAGAAGCAGACAACAAAGAGAAGAAGAAGCAAGGUGGAAAGCCCAAGAGGUAGCAGCUAAAGCUGAUAAAUCGACAAAUGAGGGACAUGAGGUCGAGGGUAGCAUCAUUGAUAAAGAAAAUGGUGGUGGAACUCGCUUAGGCAUUGAAAACAAAGAGAAAUAUCAAUCCGUGGCAGGCCAAGGUGCCUCUGGUAUAGGAGUUGUGAACGGUGACCUCUCUUGUGGGGACUUGAAGGAAGAUCAAAAGAAGGCUUCCUCAUUUAACAAGAGCAAUGGAGUUUCAGAACAUGUAGAAAAGGAAACAGUAGAAGUAUACACCGGUACAGCCAAUACAGAUAACGAAGAUUCUGAACAAGACACAGGAAGACAGGAAGGAGCGAAACAAGGUAAUGAUGAAGCCGGGAUCUCGAGUUGACUAAGAGUGAGAGGCCCAGUUGAUUUUGUCCGUUAAACCGGAAACAGGGAGCUGAAUGAUUUCUACCAGCUUCGUCUAUAGUCGGUGCAGCAGCUUUCG